AUGAGUGAUUCUAAUUUUCCUUGGGAUUUUGCUUCUCUUGAGGAUAAUGUUGAAGCUCAGAAACUUUUAGCAGCUGCUAUAGCACACAACGAUCAGUACAGAUUCGACGAGGACCAGAAACGAAAAUUGGAAAUGCUAGAAGACGCUGCUCAACAAACUCCUUCUAAAGCUAGUCAUAAAUUAAAUAUUACUUCCGUUCCACAUCCAGAUCUUGAUGCUGAAUCGGAAGGUUCUCCGUCUCCGCCGGAUAAUUCACUAGAGCUAUCUAAUGAACCACAGAAAAAAAAGCCAGGUAGAAAGCCCUUAACAAAUACGCCUAGCAAUAAACGUAAAGCUCAAAAUCGAGCUGCUCAGCGUGCAUUCAGAGAACGUAAGGAACGUUAUGUAAAAGAACUUGAGACUAAAAUUGAAGAGCUCGAAUCUAUGUCUGCAAAAAGUGCUCAAGAAAAUCAACAAUUAAAGUCUCUUGUUGAACAAUUACAAGCUGAAAAUUAUUUAUUGAAACAAACAAGUUUUACUUUCGAUUUUCCUUUGCCAAAAACGAAUGAUACUACUUCUAUUCUUGAUAAGGAUAUCAAUGAUCUAGUGGGGGCAAAGUCUAUAUCCCCACCUCCUAUUCCUGCUUCUAAUACUAGUGAACCUUAUACACCUCCAUCUUCAAGUACAAGUGAUGAUGAACCAGGUUCUCCUAAUUCUGUUUCAGAUAAAAAUGUUAAUGUGACUGUUUCAUCACCUGACAUUUCGUCUCAAGCACCAUCAUCUAAACUCGAUCAGCCGAAUUUACCGUCUAAAUCAUCUGGUUCCGCUUCUUCUUCAUCUUCUCAUUCAACUAAACCUCAGAGUGCAGAAGAAUUCUGUGAAAAAUUCACCGAUGGUAUGUGUCAAGACAAUAAUACAUCCUUUGAUAUGACAGGUUCCUCGAACGGUGCUACCGAUUUAAACAAGUUAUCAUCUGCGUUCACGGAGUAUCGAGAUCCAACUCCUUUCACACCAAACAUAGACAAUCCUUUUUCUGAGUCCGCUCCAUUACCGCCUCUCUUUGAAGAUAGUUUUCAAGAUUUUGGCAGUUUUGCUCCAAUGGCUACUCCAACUGAUGAAAAUAAAAAUCCUCAUUUCUCAAGUUUGAGUAAGCACGAAUUUGCUUCUUUGGAAGACAUUCGAAGUAAAAAGUUUUUGUCAUGUAAUAAAGUAUGGGAAAGAAUUCAACAACAUCCGAAAUUUGAUGACCUUGAAGGUGACGAAAUCGAUCAAUUAUGUGCUGAACUUAAAUCUAAAGCAAAAUGUUCUGGAAAAGGUCCGGUUGUACCUGAAGAAGAUGUAGAAGCUGUUUUAAUCAAAUUAGAGGAAAAAUAG